AUGGACGCAGGCGGGCGGACGCUAGACCCCUGUCCCUUCGACGCUGGGACGUUGGGACGCUGGGCUGAUCGCCUGCGCCGGCCUGGACACUCGGCACCGGCGGCUUACUUUCACGACUUCGUCGUUUUGACCAGGCCUUACGCGUCCGCCAUCGACCUUCUCACACUCUUAGACAUCUGCCUUCGUAAGGGGGGCACGGCUGUCCAGGUUCAGGUGAACACCAAGUUCAAAGAUCUGCUCGUCGAAGAGGGAGUCGUCUGUGGCGCUGUUGUGGAGUCGAAAGAUUCCGGGGUGUUCAAGGUCUAUGCUCCCCACGGGAUCCUCCUGGCUGCCGGUGGUUUCUCUCGACGUGAAGAUCUGCGGCGGGAACACCUGCCCCUCAUUGGACCCGAGUGGACGUUGACGCAACCUGAAGGCGACACGGGAGAUGCUCUGGAAGCAGCGUGCAAGGUCGGCGCGGCCACGUCGCUCAUGGGCGAAGCGUGGUGGAUCCCUACAAUCAUCGAUCCUGGAAGCGGGAGGCUCACGACCGCCUUGUUUGAGCUGUGCAAGCCCCACUGCAUUGUUGUCGACCGGCAAGGGUCAAGACUCUUCUCCGAGGCCGACCCGUACGGCGACGUGGGUCGUGCGCUCUAUCAUCGGUCUCGGGACGAUGACACCACUGCCUGGCUGAUACGUGAUUGGAGCUACCGGAGGCGAUACACUCUAGGGUCGCUUGGCCCUAGGGUCGAGCCGGUUGACGCCCUAGCUCGUGGACACAUCUUCCGGGCAGACGACUUGGCCAGUCUCGCAGCUCAAGUCGGCGUCGAAGCCAACGGUCUGUUACGGACGGUUGAGACGUGGAACCAGGCGUGCGACGACGGAGUCGAUGGGCUAUUCGGCAAAGGCCGCAGCAAGUACCACCUCUUCUUUGGGCACAGAAGCGCAAAGCGACCAAACAUGGGAAACCUUGAUGAACCCCCAUAUUAUGCCGUGAAGGUGACUCCGGGAGACGCGGGCACCAAAGGCGGCCUGCUGACGGACGGACAUGGGCGCGUGGUAGAUACACGUGGCAACGUCAUUGGCGGCCUACACGCGGCCGGCAACUCAUCGGCGUCGGUCAUGGGUUCUGCGUCGUUGGGAGCCGGGGUUACUCUCGGCCCAGCCAUGACAUUCGCUCAUCUUGCGGUAGUCCAUAUGUCUGACAGGCGCAAGGCCAGGGGCGAGCGAGGCUUUCCCUUGACCAGUCAGGAAGGUAGCGAUAUAGAUGCAUAG